AUGUCUCAAUACCCGGAAAUAUAUGCUCAUCUCAUUGCGAAUCCAAUCGAAGCUAUCCUAACAACAUUCCGAAACGAUUACACAGAGGAGAGCGCUCAAGAUGAUGUCGCGAUACUAUUUAGUACAUUAGCUACUCAUAUACUACGUAUCAGACCAAAAAAUGAACUUAGAAAAAUAGCCAAUAAUUUUUCGAGAAUCUCCGCGGAUAUUUCGGACCAUGGAUAUCAACUCAAAGAACUUGAAUCUCUCGUCCAAGCUAUCUUAAAAUACCAAGAUGAAGUUGAAGUAUUCAAAAUUGCAAUUGAACUUGCGCAAGGAUUAGCAGAUAAGCCAAGUGACAAUCAACGCAGUGAACGCAGUGAUCUAUCACAGUUGACACCCACACACGGUCCAUUUACAUUCACCCGAAGUGUUUCAGAGGCAAAGGGUUUCAACAAAAAUGUCACCUCUAUGACCGCAGCAUUAAGGAAUGAACUUUAUAAAAAUGUAAUUGUGGAUUUGGACAAUUUCUGGACGGAGCUUUUCCUGGGUAAAGAUUGGUCCAAUCAAACAUGGAAUAUUUGGAAAAGCUAUGAAGCAUAUGAAUUAAAAGAAAUAAAGAUCCGGCAAGAAUAUGAGAUCAUGAGACAAAAAACGGAUGCACUUAAAAUCCAGAAAGAAGCUGAAUCGGGGACACAAAGAGAAACCUCAAACGAUAAGCAGAAGGUAAUCCAGGUUCAAAAAGAAAGAAUAGAGGGAAUCUCACCGGAUACUCGUAAUAUUACUCGAAGUCAUAAAAACAAAAUGGCCAGAAAUUUAGAGACUGUGAUGGAGGAAGAAACAACAAAAUCCUUCAGAAAAACCCGAAGUCAGACAAAAAAAGAGGACGAGGAAUCGGCAACUUUGGCAGAAAACGAAUCUCUCGAAGGUUCUCAAAAUAUUGGGAAAACAAACACCAAUAAUUUUCAAAACCAAAUCAACUCGAAAGAGGCUGAAUUUGUGUUAAUCCAGAAAAAAGUCUAUAAAAACAAGAUUCUGACAGGAGACAUGACUGAAGAUGAAAUGUGGGAGUGGCUAGAUUUUUUUCGUGAGAAUUUUUUGAAUCAGCUCACAGAUCAAUUCCACAGACCAUCGGAAAAGUUUCCAACAAUCAUCAAAGAGGCAGAAGGCUCCCAGUUGCGUUGCCAAUAUUUUCGCUCGUCAAAAGAAUGCCGGAUGAAGGGUACCAACAACAGUUACCAGGUUGACUUCCUCACAAAGAGAAUUGGGUCUUCUAAUGCUCAUAUAAAUUUCCAUCAAUGGAGUGAUGUAAGAGUUCUGGGUGAGUUUACGAAAAAGGAUUCUUCAGACCAAAGGCACGAAAAGUUUUAUCAGCUGUCAAGACUUGCUCUCCAAGUGUUUUACACACAGCCACUUCGUCAUUUUGUACAUGGAUUUACCGCGUUUGAAUCAAACUUUGAAUUGUGGGUGUUUAACCGCUCGGGCGCAUACAGCUCGGGCUUAUUCACCCUCAAAGAAGAUAAGGAAAAGUUUGUGCGAGCAAUCUGUUCAUACCUUUUGAUGAGUGAUCAAGAACUAGGUAUUGACUCAUCAAUUCAAAAAGUCAAUGGACGCUCUACUGUAUCCAUUCAUGAUGAGAACCAUAAGAAGGCAAGGAAGUUUGACAUCAACCCUAACCCUUUUUUCAUGGCGGGUACCAUAGUCACUCGUGGAACUACCUGUUUUGAGACCUUGGAUAAAAGUAAAGUUGUUAAAUACUCGUGGGUCAGGACUCCAGGUAAAUUAGAAAUCGACUUUUUGCAACAUGCCCAUGGAAUAGAUGGCGUGGUUGAGUAUGUCAUGGCAGAUGUAAUCUGUACCACAGGUGAUCAUCUGAAGGACCUCAACUUCAGUAAUGCAAAAUAUUUGAAGAUGGUGGGCUGCAAUCCUUUUAUCUCCAAGGCUGAAGGUGCCGAGGUACCUCCGACUCCCCAGUUGAGAGAUCGAGAACUUCGCAGAAUAGUUAUUUCACCUCGUGGCCGUAGUCUUCGUUCCAGUAAGACAAUUAUGGAGUUUCUUGUUGGCAUACGAGACGCAAUUGUGGCACACCGCCGCCUGUAUGUCGAAAAGAAUAUACUUCAUGGUGACAUAUCUGACGGUAACAUCAUUCUAGCGACUGUGGGAGGUAAAACUCAAGGGAUGUUGAUCGAUUUGGAUCACGCCGAAAUGGUUAAACCGCCUCCAGGCAAGGAUGACAACUUAUUUUUGACUGGCACCAUGAAGUUCAUGGCGCUUGAGAGGCUACAAUAUGCUGCAAAUCGUGGGGAAACCAUAAAUCGCACGUUUCAUCACGAUCUGGAGUCAUUCUUUUAUGUGUUCAUUGUAGGAUGCAUAACAUAUGAACGCGAAAAGAAUUCAAUGGAGGUCAUCAACCUGCAGAAGUGGCACACUCACGACAUCAGGAGUAACUAUCUGGCAAAGAAAGUAGAUGUCAUGGCCUUUGAAGAACUAAUUCUCGAAAGAUUUUCCACUAAAUUCGUAGACAUUAAGGCUUUAGCAUCCGAACUCCGAGAAAUACUAUUUGGGGAAAAUGGCACAAAGUACGGUACUCCUGGUGAGCAUGAACUGGAAUAUGAGAAGAUUAUUAAGGCAUUCAACAAUACCAUUGAAGAUCUAAGAGAUGGGAAAAUCGAGAAUAAAUUGUUGGUUAGAGGAACAUCAUGA